AUGUCUGCAGAUUAUUGGAACUCAUCACAGAGAAAUCAAUGGCAACUUACCAGGUUUUCAUUAUUAGAAGCCAGAAGAAAAGUUUUAUUACUAGAAAGGAAAAUGAUUCAAAAUGGAUUGAUUAAGGAUUAUCCAAAUAUUAUUUAUGACUACAACAUGAGAAUAUAUCUACAUAAUUUGUUGAUAAAAUUAGGAAGAAGGCUAAAUAUCAGACAACUAGCUCUUGCAACUGCGGAAAUCUAUCUUACUAGGUUUCUCACCCGAGUCUCCAUCAAAGAAAUUAAUGUGUAUUUGUUGAUAACCACUUGUUUAUAUGUUGCUUGUAAAAUUGAAGAAUGUCCACAACAUAUAAGAUUGAUUAUUUCAGAAGCAAGAAAUAUAUGGCCGGAAUAUAUUCCUCAUGAUGUUACUAAAUUAGCAGAAUUUGAGUUUUAUUUGAUUGAAGAAAUGGAUAGUUAUUUGUUGUUGCAUCAUCCUUAUAAAUCGUUAAUUCAAAUUAGAGAUUUCUUAAAAAAUAACUAUGCAAAUUAUGGAUUCAAGUUGACUGAAGAAGAACUACAAAAUGCUUGGAGUUUAAUCAAUGAUAGUUAUAUCACAGAUGUUCAUUUAUUAUUACCUCCUCAUACUAUAGCCAUAGCAGCAAUUUACAUCACUAUUGUGUUGAAAAAGAAUUUGUCACAUCUAAGACAAAGUAAUAAUAAUAGUAAUAGUAAUACCGCUGUUUCUUCUUCUGCUGUUAAUAAUAAUAAUAAUAGUGGUAGUAAUAGUAAUAACAAUGGUGGGGGCAACACAGUCACAAACAAUACCACAAACAACACCACUACAAGUACUGGUGAAUCGAAUGAAGAAAAUGGUAAAGAAAUGAAUAUCGAUGAUCUUAUGAACUUGACCAAGGUGACUAACACAAAACUAGGUGAUGAUAAGAUGGAUAUUGAUAGUACCAACAAUGGACAACAAUCCCAAUCAGAAACUCAAAAUCAAAAUCAACAGACAAAUACAGAUCAAUUGAAUAAUUUCGAUCUAGACAUUUUGGAUGAAGAUACUAUUAAAAUCAACAAGUUUAUGAACUUUUUGGAACAUUCACAUAUUAAUCUUGAUGAAGUUGUUGAAGCUGUACAAGAUAUGAUGAAUAUGUAUGUUCUAUGGAAUAGAUACAACGAACAAGGUGUCAAAAAGGCAUUACAAGUAAUGUUGCUAAAUAGGAUGUAA